UGAGCCAAGUUAGUACGAUUUGAGGUACCGACUGACAUGUAUAAACGCGCUUAGGAAGCGGAUGACGCUCGCGUGCGUUUGACAAAAGCAAAAAAAAGACGGUGACUGAAAAGCCACAACAACAACAACAAGCGAGUUGCGGGGUUAUUGUUAUUUGUACGUUUAUUUUCCACAAGCGACAAAAACAACAACAAAAGGAAAAAGAAAAACGGUUUGUGAGAAUCAAAAAGAACGGAGCGAAAGAAAGCCGUCUUAAAAAUAAAAAUCGAAGGGGAGCGAGAAAGCAUUACACCAAAGGCGACGGCUGCUAGAAAAGGACGCAGCGAACGGCGAAGACAGACGGAGUUUCAGGCGUCGAAAGAAGCCUGAUUGGGGAUCGGGCGACACCAUGGUGAACCACCAUUCGAAUGGAGGCGGCAGUGCCGGCAAUAGCAGUGGAAGCUUGAGAGGUGGCGGUGCCCAUGGAGGCGGCGGCGGAGGAGGAGACUAUUCCGGAGAUGAUCGCAGUGGAGGCGGCGAGGAGCGGGAGCGGAUGGAGAGCGACUUGCACGACAAGCCCACCUACCUGCUGGAACACCUGGCCACCUUCACGGUGAACAAGGAGUCGGGCAUUGUCUAUCCGGCGGACGGAAUGCGUCGCCUCCUGCAGCUGGAGAAGACCACUGGGAUUUGGUCGCAGAAGAUGCAGCUCUGUCUGGACUACCAGUGGGUGCUUAUCAUGGACUACGAAACGGGGAACAUCAUCGAAAGAUUCCCCGCCUCGUUGGUCCAGGAGCCCACCGCCUUCACCUCCAAUGACGCCAUGGAGCUGUACAACAACAUUCUGGUCUUUAUCGUGUCCGGAGGCGGAGGUUCCCGCUCCGAGAUGCACAUAUUCCAGUCACAAAGCGUGUCCGCCGUUCACCUGGUCGAGGACUUGAAGCAGCUGCGCAGCGGCAAGAUGAUCACGCAGCAGCGCGGUGCCACGCCCACACAGUCGGGAGGAGGAGGAGGAGGCGGAGGCGCCUCCAGCAUGGCCAUGAUGAUGAGCAAGACCUCCUCGUCGUCCUCGCACAGUCGCGUGGAGCUGCACCAGCAGCAGCACAGGGAGCAGCGAUCGGAGCGCGAAAGGGAGCGGGAUCGGGAUCGAGAUCGGGAGUCGAGAAACGAGAGCCACCACCACCAGAUGCACCAAAGGAGCAGCAUGGAGCAGUACGGAAUGCGAGCGGGCGUGGGUGUCGCCGAUGUGGAUGUGGCCCACAUUGGCGGGGAGACGGACUCGGAGCAUGGAGGGAUUGGAGGCGGUGGAGCUGGGGAACGCGAUGAGACCAGCUCCACGUCAAGCGAAAAGUACGAGCGGGAUGUGGCCGUGCUGAAUCACUGUUUCGACGACAUCGAGAAGUUCAUUGCCCGGCUGCAGCAUGCGGCUGCCGCUUCGCGGGAACUGGAGCGUCGCCGUCGCAAUCGAAAGUCCAAGAAGAGGGAUCCCGGCGAGGGGCUGCUCACGCUGCGGACACGACCGCCGCACGAGAAGGAGUUUGUGGACAUUUUCGCCAAGUUUAAGCUGUCGUUUAACCUGCUGGCCAAGCUGAAGGCGCACAUCCACGACCCGAAUGCCCCCGAGCUGGUGCACUUCCUCUUCACGCCGCUCGCACUGAUUGUGGAGGCCUCCAGCGACACCUACUACGAGUCGCAGCUGCCGGCGCGCGUGGUGAAUCCCCUGCUCACCCGGGAGGCCAUAAACCUGCUCAUUAACUGUGUGACCAGCAAGGAGACGGAGCUGUGGCGCUCCCUCGGGGAUGCCUGGGUUAUACCGCGGGAUCAGUGGAAGGACGACGUGGGCUCGUACCACCCGGUGUUCCUCGACGGCUGGUCACCGGACUACUUGAUCAACGAUGAGCUGGAACCGCCACCGAACUCCCCGCCCGCCCAUGUCAGCAGCAAGCGGCGACUGGAGGUCCAGGCGGGAUCGGGUCUGAAUGGAAGAGGUGGAUACGAUGACUACGACUCGGGGAACGGAAUGAACAUGGCCAUGGGCAUCGAGAAGUACACCAUCCACCAUGGCAACGAUCGGGAUCGCGGGGGAGCCAUCAGCGCCUCUGACUUUAAUACCCGCAGCGAGCUCUCCUUCGACUCGAUUGAGGGCAGGGGCGGUGGGGGCGGCGGAGGAGCAGCGGGGCAUGGUCAUAACCAUGCCCAUGGACCUGGAGCUGGACCCACCCUCAGCGCCAUCACAGCUGGUCUGCAGAAUCUCCACACGCGGGAAUCGCGCGGAGGCAAUGGUUACGGCGGUGGAGCAGGGCCAGGUCCCUCCUCUGAGUUGGGCGGCGGAAGGGGAGGUGGUGUUGGCGGUCCACCGAAUGUCAGCGACGACCAGAUGCUAGAGUCCUGGCUGGAGGAUUUGCAGGCGACGGGAGCGAAGAUAGUGCUGGUCACCUAUCCGCGCACCGCCAACAAUGACAAGGAACUCAGCGUGAUGCGAGGCGAAUAUUUGGAGAUCCUGGACGACACCCGAAAGUGGUGGAAGGCGCGCAAUAUGCGUGGCCAGGUGGCCCACGUGCCGCACACUAUUGUCACCCCCUUUAACUUUGGCGAUGGCGAUGGAGCCCAGUUCUACGGGCAACAACAGCAGUCGCAGCCGGGUCCUCCAAUCUCGGGCAGCAAAUCGCGCGGAGGGGAUAAUCCCGGCAUGGAGCAGCGAUCACCGGACCCCACCGACAUGAUGCGCAGCAAGCAUCUGGGCAAGAAGGGCGAGUUCCGCUACUUCUAGGAUCUAAGAUCUAUCCAAGAUCCAUCCAAACCAUAUACAUAUACACACACAUAUUCCGUAGUGAGAAUCUAGCAUUUUAGAGAGAGACACAUAAAUCAGCAGUCCCGUCUAGGAGGCUAAUCCUGAUCCGAUUAGCUCCGAUAACUAGAACUAACCUUAAGACUAACCUAAGUGAUCAAGACGACGACGAAGAAGAAGGGGAGGCGACGGCAAUAAUUUGUUUUAAUAAAAUUAUAUCCAAAGGA